AUGGCAGAAUGUGCUGUUAAUUUUCUGGUGCAUAAACUUUCAGCUUUUCUCCAUGGUGGAUUGAAGUUUCUUGAAAAUUUUCGAGAAGAAUUAGUGUAUAUCAAGGAAGCGUUUGUGAAGAUGAAGGCGUUCUCGAGAGCAGCAGAUGAAAAAGAAGAAGAUGAUGUUGAAUUGCAACUAUGGAUCAAGCAAGUACAAGAUCUUGCACAUGAUGUCCAAGACAUUCUUGAAAAACAUGUUGUCACAUGCAGCAAUUUUCAAGAAAAGGGAUCAUGGUCAUGGAGAAAACACCAUCAUUCUUUGAUGUCUGAGAAGAUGGUUGAAGCUCAAAAUGAUAACCUUUCAAUGUUGUUGGAAGGUGUUAAGGCGCGAAUCAUCGUUAUUUCUGAAGGACAUAAAACAUUUGUUCAGAAAUAUGGUGUUGUAAAAAGUGGUGAAAGUAGCAAUGAAGAAGUCCCACUUGAUGAUGAUGCAGAUCUUGUAGGCAUUGAAAAUCGUAAAUCAGUGCUUCUUGACUGGUUACUUUCUGAUGAUCCACGAUGGAAAUUAUGCUGUGUAGUUGGAACUCGAGGUAUAGGGAAAACCACCUUUGUCAAGAAAGUGUGUGAUGAUGCUUCAGUGAAGAAGCAUUUCAAUUCUGUUGUGUGGAUUGAUGUGUCAAGGUUUACUAAUGUUAAGGAGCUAUUGAUGAGCAUGGUUACUCCAGACAAUGAACAAUCCCGACGAGCAAUUGAUGCAAUGGAUGCUAACAUGUUGGCUGAGUUCAUUCAACAAGUCCUUGAGUCAUCAAGGUACUUUGUUGUCCUUGAUGAUGUCCCUGAUAUUGGCACAUGGAGGACAGUCAAAGGCGCAUUUCCGAUUGGAAACUGUGGAAGCAGGGUCAUCAUCGUAUCGCGUUUUGCUGAUACAUGCCAUAAAAUUUGUGCAGGAACUGGUGAUCAUAGUCAUUUCUAUGAUAUGAAGCCUUUGUCUGAAGAAGAAUCUUGGAUUCUUUUCUGCACAAAGGCAUUCUCAGGCAGCCUACACUGUCCUCCAUCUUUGGUGCAAAUCUCCAAAGGCAUUAUACAAAAGUGCAACGGUUUGCCAAUGGCGAUUUUGGUGAUUGCUGGUGCACUGGCUACUAAAGGGAACAGAGUUGAUGCAUGGGAGAUGUUUUAUGUCAGCCUUGUUGACAAGCUGCAAGGUAGUUAUAGCGAAGACGAGCACAUGAAAAGGCUACUCAAUCUAUGCUAUCAAGACUUGCCUUUCUAUCUCAAGUCUUGUUUCUCUUAUCUGAGCAUAAUUCCAAAAUAUUAUGUCAUCGAUAAGAUGAGACUGAUUCGACUGUUGGCAGCGGCAGGACUUGUCUCUGAAAGAGAAGAAAAAUCAAUUGCACAAGUAGCUGACAGCUACCUCAAUGAACUUGCAAACAGAAGCUUGAUUCAAGUUGCUGAAAGAUACUUUGAUGGAAGAUUAGACUCAUUCACCAUCCACAACUUGUGGUACGAAUUCAUUCUUUCUAAAUCGGUAGAAAGGGUCGCUGCAACUGCAGCAAAAGGUGAAGAAACUACAAGAAGGACUCACAAAAUCAGACAUCUUGUAAUCCAUGAUCAAUUGGCUGGUGAUAUACAAGACAUUGAUCAGUUUAAGCACAUUCACACGCUAAUAGCACUCGAGUCAUCGGAUUCUGUCUCUAAUUCUUUCUUGUCGAAGCUGUUAUCCGGCAGUUUUAAGCUGCUCAAGUCGUUAGACUUGAUGGGAGCCCCAUUGGUGAAAAUCCCAGAAGAAGUCUUUGAAUUGUUCCAUCUCAAGUUUCUAAACUUGAGGAGGACUAAGAUAAAACAUCUGCCAGGAUCCAUAGGGAAGCUUGAGAGCCUUGAGUUCUUGGACCUAAGGGACACACUGGUAGAAAAAUUACCUGUUGAGAUAGUAAACCUUCAACAAAUUCGUCAUCUCUUCAUUUAUCGUCGAGGUCCUGGUUUUUUUCAUGGUGUCAAAGCUCCUGAGAAGAUAGGGACCCUUGUGUCCUUAGAAGGGGUUAAGCUUGUCAAUGCCACUACAAGCACAGUGAUUGAAUUGGGAAAGUUAACAAGAUUGCGAAUGUUAGACAUCGCGAAGCUGAGAAGAAAACAUGGAAGGGAGCUUUGCUCUUCCAUCGACAAGUUGAUAAAUCUUACACAACUAUCUAUCUCAUCUUAUGGGGUGGGUGACAUUAUUGAUUUGCAUUAUCCCCUUUCUUCUACACACUCAUCCCUUCGAACAUUAGUCUUUGAAGGGCGUCUAGAGAGGUUUCCACAAUGGAUAACCUCGCUUCAAGCAUUAUCUACAGUGGUUUUAAAAUGGAGCAAGCUAAUAGACAAUGCACUAGACACUCUUCAAGAUUUGCCCAACCUUGUGAAACUCGUGCUAGAGCUGGCCUAUGAAGGCGAAGAACUGACAUUCACGGCAGGUGGAUUCAAGAAACUGAAGGAACUAUGCGUCUGGCACUCCACAAAACUGAAGCAUAUGAAAGUAGAAGAGGGUGCAAUGCCUUUUCUUGAAGAGCUUCAAGUGCGCAACUGCAGAUUAAUGGAGGAGUUGCCCUUCGGGAUUGAGCAUUUGAGCAAGCUUCGGUAUCUUUUACUUGAAGAAAUUUCUGAAAAGUUGUUAGUAACAGUGCAGCUUAAGAGCAGUCAAGAUUACUGGAAAAUUGCUCAUGUUCCCACAGUUCAUGCAGAAGGCUUGUAG